AUGUCACCUCCUUCGUCGCUUGCCAUUGCCACAGGUGCCUUACAGCGCUUGAUUAAGGAAGAGGCUUCAUAUCAUGAUGAACUGAAGGCCCAGGAGGCACGUCUUCAGAAGCUGACGAACAGUUCUGAUGAAGACGGAAACCACGAUUGGAAUAUUAGACAAGAGCGUACGGCUAUUGAACAGACUCGCGCAGUAUUUCCGUCUCUGAAGCAGAGAAUUUUAGAAGCGCAGGAAAAUGUAAAGCGCCAGCUAGAGGAAGGUGAAAAUUCUGGUGCCGACGAGAUAGAAGUUAAAAGAGCAAAGGAGCUGCUCGAAAAUAUGGAAUAA